UGUUUCUAGGGGAGAAUAUUGUUCAGAGGAAUAUUCAUAUUUUUCUCUGUUUUUUUUUAAAUCAUGGGUGGGGCAAUACGUGGACUGUCCUACCUAGCAUUUUUGUGGGUAAGACAUGUCCUACCUGUCCUAUCCACUCCUCGCGCCACUGCAGUUAAACGUUCCUCAAACCCCUAUUACAAUUGAACGUUAUAACGCAUGUGCACUUCCGUUGCACAGCAAUAACGGUGGCAACAAUCUCCUGACAACCGAAACAAUGGUAACCGUCCCCGCUUCGAUAUCGACCCAAGCAGUUCCACCUCAAUUGGCCAGAGUCAUCCACCAGUUCGAAAUGAACAGACGCAACAAUGGCACUUCCAUGCAACCUACGUCGAAAUUUACUUCUUCCAGUAGAAAGUCGGUUCUUCAGGGAACCAAAAACUUCGUCUGGGAUCGGGAGGAUCUGUGUUCAAAUCAGCCGUACUUCAACCGCAACUACGAAAUUCCGUUCAAUCGUCCGCCCAAUGAGGUCAACUUCUUGGGCGGAUUGGGUAGCAACAAGGCCCACUACCGAUCCAAAGUGCACCCGCAGCGGUUCUCAACGGUGCAGAAGUUGAUGCGAAUGAGAACAUCCAACCGAAUGCUGGAAACGCUGACGGAGGAUCUGAGGAAAGUGAGUCUGUGUCGGCACUCGAAGAAGAAGGGUCCGAGAGAUGAUCACAUCGGUGAGUAUAUAAACAAGAUCACGGAUGAACUGCAGCUGGCAGGGAAUGUGGAUAAAUCAACGCCUUCGGAACAGUCCGAUGUACAGUUCCAGGCCAGCGCUAGGAAAAAUAUCUCCAACGACGACUAUAAGGAGAUGAUACAUAAGCUGGACAAGAUGUUGUUAGAUGAUCAGGGUCCACGAGCUGCCUAUGGGACGUCGUUUCGGGAUUGGGCACUGCGGGAGAGGUACAACUUCAAGAAUAAGAGCAACAUCGAUAUGAUGAAACGCGAGAAGGAAAACCUGGAGUCAGAGAUGGGAUCGUCGGUGGACACGAAGCCCUGCGACUACAUAACGGCCGAUGGGCGGCGAGUGACGAAGCUCAAGAAAGCAACCAAGAUUCCUCACCUGGAUGGGUACAUGUAUGGUCCAUUUACGAAACUUCCCCGAUUGGAUCCACUGUUGGAAAGCGAGACGAAAUUUGGGAUUCCGUUGAGUUUAUUGGUUCGAUCGUACCGUGAGAUGGAUUCAAUGAAGGAAGGCGAACGGAAUGUGAUCAAUACGAGAUUGGCCCAUAUGAGGAUCCCUUUGUGCCCGAGGAGUAGCGACGAGUCAUCGGAUGAUGAGGACAAGAUGGAGGAGGUGAAAAUCUUGUCGUUUUUGCGGACGCCAUAUUUUCGGAUUCCGAUGGUUCGAACGCAGAAGAAGCGACGGAAGGAUCGAUUGCGCAGUCGUUGGUUGAAAAAGGAUCGCUUGAAAAGAAUCACUAUGCUGUUGUACGACCGCUCGGAGGAGAACAUGAAAUACAGGAAGCGAAGCGGUUUGCACAGACCCGGAUCGGAUUCUGAUUCUGUUGAUUCGGCUGGGGUGAAGAAGAAAGCUGCUUCUAAGCAGUCGAAGCAGGAGGUGAAACCACAGUUGUCAGACCAGCGGAAGCGCUAUUUCGAGUUUAUUGAGCAGAAGUCACGGGAGUAUCGUCGACUGUACGACGAAUGUUUGGAACAGAGGAUGACAUCGUUCCAGGACUUCAAGAACAUCGAUUUGGAUGACAAACUUUCGGAUACUUCAAGGUCGAAGUCGAGGUUGCAGAAGUUGAAGUCACCGGAAGAGGUGAAGGACGCUCAGGAGAUGGCAAUGCUUCGGUUUCCUUCGAAUCGCUUCAAAAGUUUGUCCAAGAGCGAUGGUUUGAUGGGGUCGUUCUACAUCGAUCCUGAGUUUCAUGACAAAGUGAAGGAUUUGAAAAUGUAUAAGAAAGGAUCCAAGUACUACACCAGCCUUAUGCGAGGACAGGUAGAUCUUCGCAAACGUUUGCAGGUCAACGCACCGGACUUUGACGAAGAACAACUUGGCUUCAAGACCAAGUUUUUCAACCGACUGGCCACUGAAUGGGACAAUUACUACAUCCAUGAGCUGCGAUACCGUCCGAGGAUGCGAAAGUUUUGCCCGAAAACUGACAUUCUCAACAUUCGCGAACAACGUCGUAAAACGUUUCUGCAGUACUACAUAGCGGAGAAUUUGCUGAAGAUUCGUGAGAAACAGUUGCUAGAAAAGCGGUUUGCAAAGUGGAUCAAGGAUUUCUGCAAGCAAACCAAGCCGUUGUUCAAGGUGUGGAAAGACAAUGCGUACGAUAAGGUGCUGGAAAUGUCCGAUCGAGAGAAGGAAGCUCAACAGGAAUCGAAGCGGUUGAGGAACGUGCUGCAGGAUAGACAGAACAAGAUCGAGGCGAUCACGGAGAAGAUCUUGCUUAUGGAGGAACGCUGGACCAAAAUCAUGCAGAUAAGGAACUACUAUCAUCUUCUGAUGGAUUCCCAGUGGAGACUCAAGAACGACAACUUACAUCGGUCCCCUAAUGGCGCACUGCUGUCUGUCUCCGAUGCCGUUCGCAACUGCAAGUCCCUCUUCAUUCGAACGGAUGGCCUCAACAUCGGUACGGAAAUUGCCGCCUUCUACAAGGAACGCAUUUUUCCCGCGCUGGACAAACAUCCGAGCUGCACCCCGGACCCGGCCCUCUUCCAGCUGGGCCUGGGCCAAAUCAAUCAUCGCACCAUCGAGCUGAUCCAGAAGUACAACGACAAGCUGAUGGUGUUCAGCCGAAUCGAUUACCACUACAAAGGGGUGCUGCAGGAGUUUCCACGGUAUUUCAGUAACCAUAACGACAUGCUGGAGGCGUACAACAACAAGGUGCUGAUGAUACAGCGCAAGAACGAAGCCAUGAAGUUGCAGGUGCAGCAGUUGCUGGGGGAGCCGCUGCGGAAGUGUGUUAGCAACAAAGCAAUGCGCGUUACCAGUUCCAUCCUGAAUCAACUGUACGACUUCAUCCGGAAAUCGAAAAGCCUCGGCAAGGAAAUCGUACAAAUCAGCAACAUGGAGAAGUUGGCAAUUAUUCAUCAAUUUAUUGUGGAUUUAUUGGCGGACUUGGAUCAACUGCCGCUUGACAUUCUAAGGACUUCGGAACUGGAGGCACGUAGAAAUAGGAAGCUGGCACUAAGGCAAGCCAACAAUGCGCUCAAGAGGAAGGAGGUGUUUGAUUUGCUGCGGAAGCAGUUGCGGUGGCAUGUGAAAAAGUAAAAAAAGGAGUUGAUUGGCCGAUGCGGAUUGCAGAUUAAGAUAAUAAAGAUUAUGGCGAAAAUACAUUUUUGGUCAAAUAAAAAUU